AUUUACCCAUACGAUCAAGUCUAUUUUUUCUAAGAAAUAAAUUAAAAUAAUAUACAGACUGAUAGUACCAAUUAAUCCAAUAUAAUUUACAUAAAAUUUAAAUAGAAGUAAAAUUGACCUGAAAGUAUGAAUAAUUAUUCUAAUCUAGACAACAGCAAUUUUGGGCAUAAUGAAACUAAUACUACUGAAAAGUACAUUAUAACUCUAUUUAGAAUCAGCAAAGAAGAUAGUAAUUGGAUCAUUUCAAAUGCUUUUAUUAUUUUUACUAUGCAAACUGGUUUUGGCAUGUUGGAAUCUGGUUGUGUUUCAUUGAAAAAUGAAGUGAAUAUAAUGAUGAAAAACGUGGUCGAUAUAUCUUUAGGUGGAUUAACUUAUUGGAUAUUCGGAUUCGGUAUGAGUUUUGGUGUUGAUCCUCCAACAAAUUCUUUUAUUGGUACUAGUGGAUAUUUUUUGAAUUCAAAUGUUGAUGAUGAACUUAUGGGAGCUAUUAAUGCUGCGUUUCUUUUCCAAUUGAGCUUUGCUACCACUGCAACUACAAUUGUUAGUGGUGCAAUGGCAGAAAGGUGUAACUUCAAGGCUUAUUGUUUAUUUUCUUUUUUAAACACUGUAGUUUACUGUAUUCCAGCAGGAUGGGUCUGGGGGGAUCAUGGGUUUUUAAAUCAUUUCGGAGCAGUGGACAUAGCAGGAUCAGGAACGGUUCAUUUAGUUGGAGGAAUAUCUGCAUUGGCCUGUGCAAUAAUGCUUGGUCCAAGACUUGGACGAUAUGAUAACGGGAUAGAGUCUCUUCCUUUGGGUUCUCCAGUCAAUGCCAUUUUAGGCCUUUUUGUACUUUGGUGGGGUUGGUUGGCUUUUAACAGCGGAAGUACUUAUGGAAUUACUGGAGAUAAAUGGAAAUAUGCUGCUAGAGCAGCGACAUCAACCAUAUUUGCUAGUAUGGGUGGAGGAAUAGUUGGAUUAGGCUUCAGCUUCUAUAAUAAAAAUGGAAUUGACGUUUUGAGUCAAAUUAACGGAAUUUUAGGAGCAUUAGUUUCUAUUACUGGAGGCUGUUUUCUUUAUAACUCUUGGGAAGCUAUUGUAAUUGGAAGCUUGGGUGGAUUUAUUGCUUGUAUCACUAUGCCAAUGUUUAAUAAGUUAAAAAUUGAUGAUCCAGUAGGAGCUACAUCAACUCAUGGACUUGCAGGAAUGUGGGGACUCCUUGCGAUAGGUCUUUUUGCGGAUAAUCCUCAUCCUUUAAAUACAACUAGUGGAAGAAGUGGAGUCUUGAAAGGAGGUGGUUGGUAUCUUCUUGGGGUUCAAAGUUUAACACUCUUAUGUUUAACUGUAUGGUCGUUUUUCUCUUCACUAAUUCUUUUAUGGAUUGUCAAUAAAAUAAUUCCUCUACGAAUGUCAGAAUGUGAAGAAUUAAUUGGAGCGGACUUAGUGGAGCAUCGUAUUAGACAUACAAAGAUUGGAGUAAGUAGAGCGAUUUCUGCAUUACGCCCAUUUACCGCUCAAAAAAUACUUGAAGCAACUCCAACAGUCGGUUUAAAUCCUGGUCAUGAUACUUAUCUGACAACUUAUCGAAAUAAUAAAAGACUAAAUAAACUGAUUAAUGUAAUGAACAAAAAAAAAUCUGUCAACAAUUCGCCAAAAAAUAUGAAGAAGUACUAA